AAAUUGGAUGUAUUCAAUGAUUCUCUUUAACUAAGACUUCAGUUUGAUUUCACGGGAACAUUGCAUUAUUAAUUUAGAUAAGGAUGGGAAAGGAUUUGAUUUAGUUUAGUAUUUAAUUAGGUCUUAAAAUUUUGAAUUGAUUUUAGUUGCGUGCAGUUCCAAAGUGGGGCCACCUGAGGGUGAUCCUGUGUUCGUGGCCCAACUUUUAGCCGGAGAACGACGCAGUUUUGGCGCAUUCUGGCAGAAUGGGAACGAUGUCUAGCGUUGUUGAGAUGAAAAUAGAUGCAUUUCUCAGCUUCAACCAUUUGCUAAAACCCAAACCCUCGUUCACAACCACGAAGCUAUCUUCCAGAUUCACUUUCCAUGAUCAUAAUAAGAAGCAGACAUGCAAAUUCAAAAUUCGAUCUCAGGUUGGAGCUGAGAAACAAACAGCUUCAGUUGAUUCUAGGGUCAAGGACAUUGUUUGGCCGUCGCCUGAUGAUGAAAUUGUUUUCUGGAACAAGGAAUUCCCUCAUUGGGAUGUGAGCCAACAAGCUCCCGCUGAAAUUGAGAAGGAUUCUGAUCUUAUGCACAUAAUUCAUGUCACAGCUGAAAUGGCUCCCAUAGCCAAAGUUGGGGGCCUUGGUGAUGUUGUAACUGGACUGGCACGAGCAUGUCUAUCGCGCGCCCAUAAGGUGGAUAUAAUGCUGCCUUUCUAUGAGUGCAUCCAGAGGGAGCAGAUCAGUGAAUUGGAGUUAAUCACCACAUAUGAAUCAUAUUAUGAUGGAAAUUGGGUCCCUACCAAUGCAUAUCGAGGAGUGGUUUCGGGAAUUCCUGUGAUUUUUAUUCAACCAUCCAACUACUUCUUCAAGGGGCAAUAUGUAUAUGGCGGUUCAUACAAUGAACUGGAGGCUUAUCUGUAUUUUAGCCGUGCUUGCCUUGAAUGGAUGCAGGUGACUGGGACGCAGCCUGAUAUCAUUCAUAUCCAUGAAUGGCAGACAGGUUCUUUACCCCUGCUUUACUGGGAUAUGUACCACUAUCUCUCACUUAAGAAACCACGAAUAGUAUUGACAAUCCACAAUAUGGAGCAUUAUGGGGAGUGCCGCAAAGAAGAAUUGAGCAAGUGUGGUCUUGACGGAUCCAUAUAUGCAACUCUUGACAAGGCUGUUGACGACCGAACUAUAGGACACAACCCUGAGAGGCUGAGCUUGUUGAAAGGUGGAAUCGUGUACAGUAAUGUUGUCAUUACAGUUUCUCCAACAUAUCUCAAGGAAACACUAUGCUCUGGAUGGCUUGCAAGCACUUUGAUAUUAAAUCGUGACAAGUACUAUGGUGUUUUAAAUGGAAUAGAUACUGCAAUGUGGAACCCUGCUACAGAUGUUUUCUUGCCAUCUAAGUUCAAUGCUCGAAAUACAGAGGGGAAGAAAAUAUGCAAAUAUUAUGUUCAAAGAGGGCUUGGUUUAAUUUUAAAAGGCACUUCAGCUAGUAAACUUAUCAAUGAGAUGGAAAACAAGGUACCCUUGAUCGUUUGCAUUAGUCGAUUGGUUGCUCAAAAGGGUCUUCAUUUGAUUACUCAUGCGAUUAAGCAAGUUGAAGAACGUGGUGGGCAGAUAAUUGUUCUGGGAAAAGCUUCUGAUGGUCGGGUUCAAACAGAGUUUGAAGGUCUUGCAAAUUUGCAUAACCAAGGGCCCAGCAUCCGGAUCCUUUUGACAUAUAGUGAGGAGCUGUCCCACAUGCUCUAUGCUGCAGCUGACAUGGUGUUGGUUCCUUCCAUUUAUGAGCCAUGUGGACUUGCCCAGAUGAUUGGAAUGCGUUAUGGAGCGAUCCCAAUAGUUAGGAAGACUGGUGGUCUUGCUGACACUGUUUUUGACAUGGAUGAUCAGUUGCACCGUGAAACGGCCAAUGGAACCUGAAGAAUGGAAUACAACCAUACAGAAGGUUAUGGAAAUUGACAAUAGCUGGAAUAACACGGCAGGGAAAUACAUUGACAUCUACAACUCAGUAAGAGUGAGAUGUUAAUUUUUAAUGUUGUCAAUAAUACUAAGCCAUUCAGCUUCUGUAGUACAAGUUAAAGCUACAAGGAUGAUUAUUUCUGCUAUAUUUUGUGAAGAGAGUACAAAUCUCUCACUUCCUUUUUCCAUUGUAUCAUUCCUCUUUAACUAUUGAUAGAAAGUGGAAGAGAGUUAUUUGGUUCAUAAGCCAUAAUGACAGUCAUAACAUGGUUAUCUCA